GCUUCAUGAGAGUGCAGAAGAAGAGCCACACAUCCUGCUGGAGUGCGACAGCGGCGUGCUGGAGGCCUUACAGAGACAUCUGAAACUGUACAAGAUCCGGAGGAAAGUAAACAUCACCCCCUGCCCUGACCUCUCCUUGUGGGCCGUGCUCCCAGGGGAGAGGGCUGGAGACGUGGCCAGUUCCAUCCCUCACUGUGCAGACCAGGCUCUGGUCCUGACCCCCGACCCCAGAACAGAAGUCAUGGGCUGGAGACUGAUAACCAAGAAAGGAGCAAACCUGUCAGAGAUUAUCCCUGGGAGUCAUAUUGGGAAUAUUCAGGAUUACCACAGGCACAGGUAUAAACAAGGAGUUCCUGAGGGUGUGAAGGAUCUCCCUCCAGGCGUCGCCCUCCCCCUGGAAUCCAACCUGGGCUACCUGAACGGUGUCAGCUUCACCAAGGGCUGUUACAUCGGGCAGGAGCUGACGGCCAGGACCCACCACAUGGGCGUCGUCCGCAAGCGGCUGCUGCCGGUGGAGCUCGGGGCUCCCCUCCCCCGGGAGCCCAUUCCCCAGGGCACCCACAUCUUCACCGAGGCAGGGAAAGCAGCUGGCAGGUUCCUGGCUGGAGGAGGUGAAUUUGGGAUAGCUCUGCUGAGGUUAGCUCACCUAAAUGAGCCCCUCUGCCUGAGUGUAGAGGGUGAGGAGGUGAAGCUCGCUGCCAGGAUACCCGAGUGGUGGCCAAAAAAUUCUG